UUGCCAACUUCCUCUUUGCUCGCUGUUUCCAGUUGGGCAAUACCUCCCGUUUAUUUCAGGGUUGGCUUCAGUUCCUGUUACUUGAUGGCUGAAAUACAAAGAUAGUGCGAACAUGCGGUGCAGUGUAGGGGCCAGUCGACAUUAUAGACAAGACAAUUUGAAUUAUUUGGUCUUGCGCAUGCUGAAUGUCUCACAUCUCUGACGGUAUUUUAAAAGGCGAUUUUCUUUCUUUCUGGUAAUGGGAUAAAGGAAAUGUAUAUCUUUCCAGUCCUAUUUAUCCUGGGUGUUAUCCCCUCCAUUUGUCAAGGCCAACAUGAGAACAUCUGCAACGUUGUCCCCAAAGAUGAAUACAUCGAAGUGGGAUCCGAUAUUGAUAUAGUGUGCCAGACUUCAUGUGUCCAUGGCAAAAUCUUCUGGAAACUCAACAACAGGCCUGUAGAUAAAAGCCUGUCAAACACCAUCAACUCGUCACACACAGUCCUGUCACUGAGGAACUUCACUUACCAAAGCGCUACACUGCAGUGCCACAGUGAAGAUACUCAUCAAGUCCUUGGAGGCACCACCAUCAGAACAUACUCAAAACCCAGCAAAAUAUCAUGUUAUCUGCAUAAAAAAGAUCAGGCAGUUGAAGGUUUACCAGACCAGAUCACAUGCAAGUGGGAGCAUCAGGUUUAUCCUUCAUUGGAAAUAAACUACGUACUCCGUGCCUCUUUGUCAGUGCCUGCCCGACAACCUACCUUUGAAAUCUGCAAGAGUUCUUCAACAAACUGCAACAACACAAUUAAUCUCGAAUCAUGGCGGAAUUACACUUUUACUGUGAGAGCAAUAACUGCUGCUUGGGAAGUUGAUUCUGACCCUUAUGAAUUUGACCCAGAUCAUAUAUUGAAACUUAUACCGCCACGGUUAAAUGUAACUACCUUCUCUGAUGGUCUGCUGGUUAAGUGGAUACGACCAUCUUUUUUUAAAAGGUGUCACUGUCAAGUCAAAUACAGCAAGGUUGUCAAUGAAAUAACUUCAGAGUGGGUGCUCAAUAAGACCCUAAAGGAACAUGAAAACGGGUGGUUGACCAUUGAAAAAGUGGAAUCCUGCAGUAACUACACAUUUUCAGUCCGCUGUGCUUUAGACAAGGCCCCCUGGAGCGACUGGAGCCAGAAGAUAGUUUGGACCACCGAACUAAACAAGAGGGAUGUCAAGCUGCGCCUGUGGAGAAAGAUUUCUCAACUGGAGAAAAAUGGACUUAGAAAGGUUCAUGCCAUGUGGACAGAAAUUCCUUCAACAUGUCAAGACACAUUUACCUACACUAUCAAACAGACUCCCUACAAAGAACACAAGAUGGGAGUAAAUUUUACGGAUACUUUAUGUGGCAAGUCAACUUGCGAUGUUGAUGUGAGCCAUGAUGCACACAGAAUACAUCUCACAGUCCAUAAUAAAGACCUGCUUGUGGAGUUCAAAGACUCAGUGUAUGUUCCAGCCAUUGGAGAAAGCCUCCCUCAAGUUACCAACAUCCAGACCUCAACACGUGAAGGCGUUGUUCUGGUCAGCUGGAAUGCUCCUAGUACGCCUGUCAGUGGUUACAUGAUUGACUGGACCCACAAUGGAAAUCAGUACCAAUGGAAGGAGAGCAACGACACUAACACAACACUGUCCAACCUGCUGGAUAAGAAGCCAUACAAUAUUACAGUAACUCCCCUCUUAGAUGACAAGACAGGUCAUGGAACGCAAGCCCUUCAGAUCUGCUCCAGAGUGGCAGAGCCAGGAAAUAUUACUAUCCGUGUUCAGGCUAAUGACAAAAGUGCCCUCGUGAGCUGGCAUGUGAAUUCACAGGAGGCAUGCAGUGGUGCCGCUGUUUACUACACCGUCUUCUACCACACACAGGACGGAGGACCACAGCUCAAUGUUACUGUUGAUGGCACAGAGCGGGUCAUGUCAUUGAAAGAUCUGACUCCAGACACACAGUACAGUGUCUAUGUCAAGGCCACAGCUCUUAUUGGAACUACCAAAAGCAGUGAGAACAGUUUUAAAACCAAAAGAUUUGGUCACAGCAUCAUAGCAGUCAGUGUUGGGGGAAUUAUCACAAUACUUCUUGUGUUAUCUCUUGGAUUAAGCUGUGCUGUUCAGUGGAAGAAAUUCAUUGAGAAGCCGGUGCCUAACCCUGGCAACAGUUCUGUGGCAUUGUGGCCAGCUUUAAGUCGUCAAGAGGGAAUGUGUCCUUUCCAGCAAUUCAGCAAUCCAACUGAAAGCCUCUGUGACAGGGUUUACACAGAAGAAACUCAGAGAAUGUCCAUCUCUCCACUAGCUACAGGCUGUAAUGGUAACCUAACGAGUGACCAGACAGAUGAAUAUGUUGACCCAAGCCCGGUUCAAGCACCGGAUGAACAGAAUGAAGACCCAGUUAAUCCUGCUGAGAGACAACGUCUAUCUUCUCCGGAUGACUCUACAGCACUGCUUCCUUCAGAAACCAGCCCAUAUCGAAGUCAGACUUCUGUAGAAAGCCCCGCCUCAAAACCCAUUAAUCCGUGUAAGCGUGUUCCAAUGAAACAGACAGAAAAGGCAGCACUGGUGACGGUGUAUGUCACUUUGGACAUGUUUGACCAAAGUCAGGGCAGGUGAGAGAAAUUUAAAACAAAACCAUAACAAUGUUGCAAGAGUAAAGAGAAGUCAAUCAGAUCUGAAUUAUUUGGUUCAAGCUUGCCAAAGAAUUCCAUGAUUGUGGCUUGGCAAUGAGCCCACCUAGGAGUAAAAGGAGAAUGAUUGUAAACUGAUAUCAAACUUCAUAACCCAGGUCCUAAAUUGCAAUUGUUUGUGUAAAUAAAUGUAAAUUUUGCGACUGUCUAUGCUUUAUUGAUACAAACCUGUAAUAUUUAUAGCUAAACAGUGUGUGUAGUAGCUGCUUUAUUGAGUCAACGUGAAGUCUUUUGCAGAGAUAAUUAUAUCAGGAAAAUCUGCAUAUCCCUCUAGCAACAAUAAAAAUUACAUUCAUUUUAAGAAGUUUUUCUUUUUACAAAGCCAUUAAAUAGGAGCCCACAGUAUCCUAUUGAAAUGAUUGCAUUUGAAGACUAUUAUAUCACAAAGCCCAGGUUUGUCCAGUGAGAAUGCUAUAUUGUCUUUUGCUGUAAAAGUCACAUUAUGUAUAUUUACAAUAUUAUGUUUGUAUGUACUGUAUAUAUUAUGUAUGCUAUGUAUUAUAAUAACAUUCUCAUAAGCAAUAUGAUUCCUGUCUGUUAACAGUGAUAUCUGCACUUGUUAAAAUAGUAGUAAACUGCUUGCUUGACACUGGUAAACUGUUACUCAUUGCAUUUUUUCUGUACAAAUUGGUUUCAAAUGCAACAAUGACAUGUACUGUACAUAGGCUGCUUAAUAGUGUAAGAUUUAUUGUUUUACAGCCAUUUUUAAAUGUGCCUGGGUAGGUAAAAUAAGUAUAACUAGAGUAUUUUGUAGAAAAUAUGGCCCAGAUGGCUUCAGAACUGCACUCAACAAUUAUUAAUUAAUUUAUAGACAAUCUACUCUAAUUUAACAAAGGACACUGCAGCAUUUAAUAAAUAACAUUUCUGAAGCAGAAUAAUCACAAUGGGAAUGAAAGAAAGUACAGAAU